UAUAAAUAGAUUCAACUGAUUCAAAUCCAAUUCUUUGUGUCACUUAAUAUUUCACAUGCAUGCAUGUGAAACAUGGUUGUCAAUGUGAGCAGUUACAUCAUAAUAAGAUCAUUCUAAUUGUUAGAUAAAGUGUUCUAUCAGCCUUACACAUUAUAGAGUGUAACAAGAGGUUGAAGCCCUGCUAAAAUUCAGGCAAAAUUCACAGGAUGAAAACAAUGGAAAAAGAAUAUAAGAAUAUAAUAUGUUUAAUAAGGAAAUACACGUGUUACCUGAAUCCAUAAAUUCUCGCUGAGCAUCAUUCAAACAAAAGAAUUAUAUCAUCCUUUCAGAACAGCUGCAAAAGGCGAAAGCAGCUGUCACCGGUCAUAAAAUAGAUAGACAAGAAGUUGUCCUUUCUGCAGCACUAUAUCAUCCCAUGAAGAAUUUUUGGUACUUGGAAGAGAGACAUGAACUGAUUUACGUGACAAAAUAUCUUGUCCCGCGGAUUCUACUGUCGUCGGGAAGCACAGCGAGAAUCCCGAUUCUCCAAGAAUCGCUACAGGCAAGGAUAUUUGAUAUUUUCAUUGAGAGUGUUUUCUACAAUGACACAAGAAGCGAUUUAUGUCGAAAUUAUAGCAAACUUUAUAUGGAUUGGAAUAACAAAAAGCACAAUGGCGAGCUACCUCGAUACCGUGUUUGUUCAAGCAAGAAAAUGGAAGAGACAAAGUUUGAGGAUUUAACAAUUAAACUUGGCUAUCCCUAUGUUUUUGUGCACCAGGGUGACUGGGAGCAUUUGCUAUUGUUUCGUAAUUUAAGAUAUGAUAGAAUCCUAAUCAAGGAAAAGUAUCAAGGACAUGGAAUUUCAUCUGGCAAAAAGAUGAUCGCGCGUCUAACUACAUGGUAAUCACCCUAAGCACAUGCACAUCUUCUAUGUGCCAGAAAUCUUUUAGAAGCAAACUCGUUCUGGUGAUCUCGUUC